AUGGUGUCUAACAAGAAACGCCUUUACGUCGCUCUCUAUCCUAGUGCUUGGAUCCAUAUCCUUACACUUCAAUUCGAGAACAGGUACCACUGGGGCUUUCUGGUCGGGCCUAAAGUCGAAGGCGAACACCCCGUCAGAGGCAUGCACUACCACGUCAAAAACCCUGUGGCCCUCGGCUGGGUAUACGAGGAGGUUGAGUUACCCGAUGUACGCAACACAAACAACCUACUCGUUCGCGUUCUCGUCGCCAAGAUUAUAGAUGAGGAACGUCUGGCAAAUAUAUUCCGAGAGGUGCCUGUUGUGCAAGAUGACCCUGAUUGGAGGGGUCGCACCUGGGUCGCAAAUGCGUUGAGAGCGUUAAGGGAGGACGGUAGAGCCGUGGGUAGAGCAGUACUAGAUUGGGGAGAGAUUGAAACUGUCGCGAGGCAGUAUGCGGGGGAAAAGACGGAGGGUGGUCGCUUUAGAGACGUUACACUGACUGACUUGCCGAGGCCUACGUGGGAUAUGUUGGAAGGCAGGGAGAUUGUGCCUUAG